AUGCGCCUCUCAUCAUCACCAGCGACCACAUUGCUCGCUGUGCUCUCGCUGGCCGGCAGCACAAUUGCAGCAGCGGCCGAUGCAGACAAGACCACAACCGCAGAAGCAUGCACAGCGACCAACACGAAAUCAGGUUCCUUCUUUGAUCUGCGCCCGGAUAUCGCCCAGAAGGCCCCGAAGGACGGCUCCAAACUCAAGAGCGGCGUGCCGAGCAAGGACUACAAGGCCAACGGAUACGACUACGGCUACAACUUCACACUCAACAUCUGCGGGCCCGUGGUGGAGGAGGUCGACAACGUCAGGGGCGACAUCAGCCAAGAGCACUGGAAGAACAUCAGCGCAUACUACCAGACAAAAGGCGACAUAUACAGCCUCGGCUUUUCCAACGGAGACCUAAAACCCCGGGGCCGGAAACUCGUCUUGCAAUACACCGGCGGUUCGACAUGCGGCCAGGCCGCCAAGAGGAACGUCGACACUGUCGUGGACAAGAGGAACAACGUCCACAACGGUGCCACCUACAAAUAUUCCGACUAUGAGGAUGACGAGGAACGCUCCGUCCAGUCGUCGGCCGCCAAGGCAGCCAAGGCGACCAAGGAAUCCGACAGUUCCAAGCAGCGCAAGUCAGCCACCAUAUCCUUCCUAUGCGAUAGAGACCCGACGGCCGCGUCAGCUGCCGUCUCCUUCGUCGGCACUGACCCCGAUGAGUGCGCCUACUUCUUCGAGGUCCGCUCGUCCCAUGCUUGUGCCGGCGCAGAACCGCACACGCCGGGAAGCGUAGGCCCAGGCGCUGUCUUCGGCAUCAUCUUGGUCAUCGCCAUCCUCGUCUACUUUGGAGGAGGUGUCAUGUACCAGCGCAAUGUCGCCAACCAGAGAGGCUGGCGCCAAUUGCCCAACUAUUCGCUCUGGGCUGGCAUCUGGUCUUUCGUCUCGGACAUCUUCAUCGCUGUGACGUCAUCCUGUGGGAGAGUGUUUGGCAACAGCCGAGGUUAUCACCACCUUUCUGGUUCACCCUCGAUAACCAGGCAGAGCCGAGAUCGGGAUGCUGAGAACAGGCUAAUUGAUCAGUAUGAUGAGGAGUGGGAUGAUUAA